GAAAGUAAGAGACGCGCUGAACCAGAGGGUCCGAUUCCCGUCUGAUCUGAAGGCUGUUUUUCACUCCAAUAUUUCCAGUCUCUCCAGCUCCGAUCAUCCAGGCGCUGGUGGAACACACACACACACACACACACACACGGGACUCACUGCUGUGGAUCAACACACUGACAUCGAACACAAUCUGAGUUCACAACUUUGGACCGGAACAACUGAGCUCCGACAUGGACCCGAGACUGAGGAGAGGAGCCUCGCUCACAGGUGACGCCUCUGCUGAGACUCGGGGCAGAGAGGAGGGAGACCCCCCCUCUAAAGGACCUGGGACCAAAGCUCAGAGAUCUGCGCUGCAGCCAGAACCAGCUGGACCUGGACCUGGACCUGCACCUGGACCUGGACCCAGCUGUGUGUCUCUGAAGAGUGAUGACUCGAUGUGGAGAGGGAUUGACUUCAGUGGAGGAGCGGCGUCUUCAGCUCCAAGAGAGGACCAUCAGAGCUCAGAGCUUCUCAGUGGUCAGAAACAUCCGGACUCUGCACGGCAGCGACUGGAGCAGAAGUUCCUCAGCUAUGUGAGCAGAGUCUGGAGGCUUCUGGGUCCAGAUGAGCCAGAACCAACUGAGACUGAGGAAGAGGAGCAGUGGAGGAGCAUCAGAGAAGAAUUCCUGAAGAUCACAGUUCACCUCCUGAGGAACAUGGAGGAGGAGGAUCUGGCCCAGCGUCUGUGGAGCAGAAGUGGCGCUGGAGUGAGUGCAGGGCGACUGAAGAGGAGCCUGCAGAAGAAGUUCCACAGUGUGUCUGAGGGGGUCGCUAGAGCAGGAAACUCUGCCCCUCUGAAUCAGAUCUACACAGAGCUCUACAUCACUGAGGGGGGCACAGAGCAGGUCAACCAGGAGCACGAGGUCCGACAGAUCGAAGCAGCAACCAGGAAGCAGACCAGACCAGGAACCACCAUCAGACCAGAAGACCUCUUUAAAGCCUCACCUGACACAGAGCCACCAAUCAGGAGCCUGCUGACGAAGGGCGUGGCUGGCAUUGGGAAGACCCUCCUGACACAGAAGCUGACUCUGGACUGGGCUGAAGACAAAGCCCACCAGAACUUCCAGCUGGUGUUUCCUUUCACCUUCAGAGAGCUGAACCUGCUGAAAGAGAAGCAGUUGAGUUUGGUGGAACUUGUUCAUCUCUUCUUUCCUGAAACCAAAGACUCAGGACUCAGCAGCUUUGAAGGAGUCCAGGUUCUGUUCAUCUUGGACGGUCUGGACGAGUGUCGACUCCCUCUGGACUUCAACAGUCGGGUCCUGACAGCAGCUACAGAGUCCACCUCAGUAGACGUCCUGCUGACCAACCUCAUCAGGGGGAAGCUGCUUCCCUCAGCUCAGCUCUGGAUCACCACACGACCUGCAGCAGCCAAUCAGAUCCCUCCUGAGUGUGUGGACAUGGUGACCGAGGUCAGAGGGUUCACUGACCUCCAGAAGGAGGAAUACUUCAGGAAGAGGUUCCGAGAUGAGGACCAGACCACGGUCAUGUCUCACAUCAGGAGCUCACGAAGCCUCUACAUCAUGUGUCACAUCCCCAUCUUCUGCUGGAUCACUGCCACAGUUCUGGAGGACAUGUUGAAGAGCAGAGAGACCGGAGAGCUGCCCAAGACCCUGACUGAGAUGUACAUCCACUUCCUGGUGGUUCAGGCCAAAGUCAAGAAGCUCAAGUACCAUGGAGGAGCUGGGACCGACCCAGUUUGGGAUCCUGAGAGCAGGAAGAUGAUGGAGUCUCUGGGAAAACUGGCUUUUGAGCAGCUGCAGAGAGGAAACUUGAUCUUCUAUGAAUCAGACCUCACAGAGUGUGGCAUCGACAUCACAGCUGCUGCACUUUACUCAGGAGUCUUCACACAGAUCUUCAGAGAGGAGAGAGGACUGUACCAGGAGAAGGUCUUCUGCUUCAUCCACCUGAGUCUCCAGGAGUUUCUGGCUGCUCUUCACGUCCACCUGAAGUUCUUCAACUCUGGAGUCAACUUGCUCCAUCCACUGCAAACAAUAGGAAACAAGCAUCACAUCAAACCAUUCUACCAGACAGCAAUAAAUGAAGCUGUAGAAAGUCCAAAUGGACAUCUGGACCUGUUCCUGCGCUUCCUUCUGGGUCUUUCUCUGCAGACCAGCCAGAGGCUCCUUCCAGGUUUGUUGACACAGACAGGAAGUAGCUCCUGGACCCAUCAGGACACAGCAGAGCUCAUCAAGGAGAAGAUAAGUGAGAAAGUGUCUCCAGAGAGAAUCAUCAAUCUGUUCCACUGUCUGAGUGAAGUGAAGGACACUUCUCUAGUGGAGGAGGUCCAGCAGCAGAUGAGAUCAGGACGUGUCUCCACAGGUCAACUGUCUCCAGCUCAAUGGUCCACCCUGGCCUUCAUCUUACUGUCCUCAGAGGAAGAUCUGGACGUGUUUGACCGGAGGAAAUACUUUGCUCCAGACUAUAAUCUGAUCAACUAUGGCCUGAAUUACAUUCUUUCAGAGGAGGCUCUUGAGAGGCUGCUGCCGAUGGUCCAAGCUUCAAAGAAAGUUCUACUGAGCAGCUGUGGACUGUCAGAGAGAAGUGGUUCCCUUCUGUCCUCAGUCCUCAGCUCUCCGUCCUCUAGUCUGACACAACUGGACCUGAGUCAGAACAGAGACCUGGAGGAUGCAGGAGUGGAGCUGCUGUCUGCUGGACUGAAGAGUCCACACUGUCACCUGGAGACUCUCAGCCUGAGCUGCUGUGGACUCUCAGAGAGAAGUGGUUCCCUUCUGUCCUCAGUCCUCAGCUCUCCGUCCUCUAGUCUGACACAACUGGACCUGAGUAAGAACAUCAACCUGAAGGAUGCAGGAGUGAAGCUGCUGUCUGCUGGACUGAAGAGUCCACACUGUCACCUGGAGACUCUCAGCCUGAGCUGCUGUGGACUGUCAGAGAGAAGUGGUUCCCUUCUGUCCUCAGUCCUCAGCUCUCCGUCCUCUAGUCUGACACAACUGGACCUGAGCAACAACAGGGUCCUGAUGGAUGCAGGAGUGGAGCUGCUGUCUGCUGGACUGAAGAGUCCACACUGUCACCUGGAGACUCUCAGACUGAGCUGCUGUGGACUGUCAGAGAGAAGUGGUUCCCUUCUGUCCUCAGUCCUCAGCUCUCCGUCCUCUAGUCUGACACAACUGCACCUGAGUAUCAACAUCAACCUGAAGGAUGCAGGAGUGGAGCUGCUGUCUGCUGGACUGAAGAGUCCACACUGCCACCUGGAGACUCUCAGCCUGAGCUGGUGUGGACUGUCAGAGAGAAGUGGUUCCCUUCUGUCCUCAGUCCUCAGCUCUCCGUCCUCUAGUCUGACACAACUGGACCUGAGCUUCAACGAAGACCUGAAGGAUGCAGGAGUGGAGCUGCUGUCUGCUGGACUGAAGAGUCCACACUGUCACCUGGAGACUCUCAGUCUGAGAGGGUGUAGGAUCUCAGAGAGAGGCUGUGCUUCUCUGGCCUCAGCUCUGACCUCUAACCCCUCCCACCUGAGAGAGCUGAACUUGUGCCACAAUCAUCCAGAAGGACCAGGACUGGAGCUGCUGUCUGCUGGACUGGAGAGUCCAAACUGGAGGCUGGAGACUCUCAGACUGGACGACUGUGGACCACGGUGGUUAUAGAUCUGACCUGAAGAAGUUGACUCUCACAAGAGACGGAGGGAAAGAAGAGGAGUCUGAGUUUGGACACAAGCUUCUUCCUGGAGUCUGAGCUGCUCUGAUGCUGCUGGACAGAGAGUCUGUCACCAUCAGAGAGAAAUUAUCAUCAGGAGCUCACAAGUCUCUCCCAGAGCAGCAGUGGGGAUGAACUUUGACCUUCUUCUCUGUCAUUUGUCAAGACUGACUCAGAGUCUCAGCAGCCACUCCGUCAUCCUGGAGAGAUCAGAACAUUUUCAUGAGUUGAACCCUGAUACACCAGUGUGAUGUGGACACUUCAGGAGGCUGAACUUCAGGAAGUGAAAUAUAUUGUUCCAUGCUGGAAGAGAUGUUUUGCCCUCCUCCUCCUCCACCUCACCUCUGAUCAUACAGGUGCUCAGCAUUCAGUUGAAGAGCAGUUUCACAAAACAGACCUGGGGUUCCGACCAUCCAGAUACUGACUCCUGUCUGACCAUGACACAAAGUGAGACUGGCUCCUCCCACUAAGCCUUUGUUUUUACCCGCUGCUUCCUGUUCCUGGUUGUUUUGUUCUCCUUGACAGUCAAUUGGCAGCUGCACCUAAUGCCAUGGGUUGAACCCCAACUCUUGAGGAGAAGCUGGAGGUUGAUGCAGCGGCAGAUUUCCCUCCAUCGUGGUAUGAUCUUGUCUCUCUCUGCAAACACCGGAGUAAAAUCCCUGCCACUUUCCCCUGCACUGUGGAGGACAUUAGUCUGGCUGUGGGGGGGAAGUGGGGCACGGCAGCAUUAGAUGGGCUCCUCGCACGAAUAGUGUCCUGGUUAUCUUUCUGGAUCGGAGUCAAAUAGUUUGGACAGAAUCCAAAGUGUGGCUCACAUCUCUUUUCUCUCUCUCUCUUUGUCUGUGCUGUCUGCUCUGUAGAGCAGUUUCAGCUUAACACCAGCUGCUCUGCUUCACAAGGCUGCCUUUAAGUCAGUGACAACAUCAACAUGUUCCUGCAUCACCUGCUCUCCUUUACAUCUAGACUCUCUGUACCUGCUUAGAACAGAGAGAGACCAGGGCCAAAUAGUGUUCUGUGGGGUUUGACUAACUGUGUGUCGCUCUCUGUAAUGGCAUGGUAGACGUGGGCUGGAUCACCGAGACACUGGCUCCUGGUCCAUCUUGAACCGGACUUCAUGGUUUCUCGCGCUCACAUCCACAAACCAUGGAUUUAAGCCUGCGUCUACUGAGCCUCGGAACUAGGGAGUGUUCUCAUGACGCUCUGUCUCUCCCUCAUGUACCGCUUUGUUAGAUGGACAUACUGUACUGUCAGGGCCUCUCUGUCCACAUGUGACGUCUCUGGCUGAGCAUUGUGUUUUUGGUAUGAGCAGGGGACUUUCCACGCAAGACUGGUCCGACGCUUCAGGAGGUUGGAUGGAGAAUGUAGCGCUGCGAGGAGCGUUAGCAUUAGCCACUAGCUGUGGAGGUUGCAGCCGCGUCGUCUCCUCUCUCGCUGGCGUCUUGAAACUCUCAGCUCUCAUAGUUGCUUUUCUUUUCCCGCUACCCACCUUCUGACACCAUGUUGUGUGUCGCGUGGUUAUAAGCAGUGGGUUUUAAGUGGUGCGAGUCAUUUAUUGUUCUUCCCUGGCACAUCCCAUAGUGUCACACCAAACAUGCACCCGAGGCCCACUUCAAUAUACAAGCUAACACCACACCCUUGGCUUGGAUUAUUCUGUCUGGAGCUGCAUGUUGAAUAAAGGUUGUGAACUUUAUAGAAGCGGAUCCGUUCUGUAUUUGGAUCCACCGCUGAGCUCCACCUCACACCGUCGUUGUCCAUGUCUUCUUUUUCUAGGCGACAAAAACAUGCUGUACUGUUUUUCACCUUCUUCUAUCCACUUGGCCCUGGAUCUUCUGUCGGCCCCUUUAGCUCUUGAGACAUGAAUCUCAUCAAGUUAGUUUUGUAUUGACGUCAGGUUUUGUAUAUCCCCAUCAGAGGGCGCCAUUUUCACUGGACUGGUGUUCAUUUCUGUGGUUGGAUCAAGCUCAUGUGAUCUCAACGAAUCUUCAACCGUCACGUCUGCAACUGUUUUCUCGAUGCCGUCAGCACAUUAAAUAGAGACUGGAACAAGGGUGAGACGGGGUUUUCGUUAUCGCUUUACCUCUCAUCAACAGAGGUGACACAGAACGAAACAUUUUUGACAAGAGGGAACCGAUGCCUCGUUCGUCCAACACCGGAGCACCGUAGAAACCCGGCAGAUCUCCUCCCACCUGUUUGUCAUGAUAUUGUACAAAUCUGUGCGGCUCGUCUCUGAAGCCUACAUGAAGCAGCGUGUCUGUUUAGGACUCGGUCUGCAGAGGCGGCUUAUCUCUCUGGUGUUCCAUGAUGAAUGCAUUUCCAGACGUUGACACAAGGAUUAUAUAGUCUCCUCUCAAGUAAGUGGUCUACAGUGUAGAGUCCCCACCACCUUUCCAAAGGUGAAAUUGACCGGUUUGUUCAGAUCUGAUUGAAUUUGAAUCUGACUAUUGUCAAUGUGGUUUUCCACAUUGUAACUACCCUUGAUUUCUACUGUUCUUCAAAGCAGUGCAUAUACGUCCCCUACUUGUUGCGGUCUGACGACGUUGCUGUAACAGUAGAGAUGGUAAAAUCCUGCUUUUAAAUCAAGCGGAUGGGGCGCUCGGAACUGGCAAAAAUGUAUCCGAUCACCCGGCUCUAUACCUAGUAUGUAAGGCAGAGCUGAGUUCAAGAGCACGAGGCUCUGACCAUCUCCUCGGAGACAAUGUUUUUGUCCGUGAACUGUCUGUGGUGACAGUGAUCUGGACCAAUGAGACGUGACUGUUCAAGUCACGUGAGGUGAAGCGAUGUUGUCAAUAAA